CGCUGCCACUCCAUUCAGCCUUGUGGCGCGCGGCGGAGUGGCUACCGGUGGGAGCGUGAGCAGCGGCGGCAGCGGUGGCGGAAGUGACCGGCGGGUUAGGUCCCUGCCGACACUAUGGUGAGGGCAGGGCGAUGGCGAGCUGUCGUCCAGAGAUGGGGAAGCCGAGGCCGGAGAGGAAGGGGACCCGCCGAAGGGCCCGGUGGAGGCAGCAGACUCCCGUUGUCACUGCUGAAGACGGCUCAGAAUCACCCCAUGUUGGUAGAGCUUAAAAAUGGUGAGACAUACAACGGGCACCUUGUCAGCUGCGACAACUGGAUGAACAUCAACCUGCGCGAGGUGAUCUGCACGUCCAGGGAUGGAGACAAGUUCUGGCGGAUGCCAGAGUGCUACAUCCGAGGCAGCACCAUCAAGUAUCUGCGCAUCCCUGACGAGAUCAUUGACAUGGUCAAGGAAGAGGUGGUGGCCAAAGGUCGUGGUCGAGGUGGUCUGCAGCAGCAGAAGCAGCAGAAAGGCCGUGGCAUGGGGGGUGCCGGGCGAGGUGUGUUUGGCGGCCGGGGCCGCGGCGGGAUCCCAGGCACUGGCAGAGGUCAGCCGGAAAAGAAGCCUGGCAGGCAGACGGGCAAACAGUGAGUGGCCCGCAGCCUCAGAGACUCCAGCGCCCCUGCUCCAGGCUGCAUGUCUGCUCCAGCCCACCUGUCUGUUCAGAACAGAAAUGAGGCAGGUGUUGGGGGGACCCCCACCUGCACGUUUUGUUAUCCUUUUCUUUAUAUAAAGUGUUUUUUUUUUUAAACCAGCAUUUCAACAGUUGGAAAUGUUAUUUGGUGUUUUAGAUUUUGUGAAGUUGCAGCCGACUUGAUUCCUGGAAGGUUCUCUAUGUUAAUGCACCUUUAGAGCCCUUGCCCUUGUGUGUUAAAGGGGCCAUUUUCCGAAGUUUUGUUUUGCAUCUCUUGUUGGAGCCCUGUGUGGCAGGCAGACAGGUGGUUUUCCUUUUAAGUUCUUUGCACUGAGGUUGACCGUCCAUGGAGUUUUGCUGAAACACAGACCUGAAAUUGGCUUUUCAGAACAGAUCUGGACAGACAUGUGCCUCAAAAGCUGUUGUGGGAAUGUGGUUGGGCCCCUCCCCUUUGCCUCCUCUGCCUCUUUGUGUUACAAAAAUAAAAACAAAAUAACUGCAAA